GCGGACCGGUCUCCACUGAGCCGCCGCCCCCUGACCCCGGCUACCCCGGCUCUGCACCAGGAGGCGGCGGCCAGGCUGAGCGCCCGGGCUGCCCGCCGGGGACCCCGACGGUAACCUGCGGGCCGGGGUCCGGAGGAGGAAGGAGGAAGGUGGCCUCGCGGGGUCCGGCCAUGGCGCUCGACUUCCUGGCUGGAUGCGCUGGGGGUGUGGCAGGUGUGCUUGUGGGACACCCAUUUGACACUGUCAAGGCGCUACCGUCAGUAGCAAAGUGCAACUUUGUUGCAGAUGCCCGGAAGCCUCACCUGGGAGCGCUAGUGCGGCUGCAGGUGCAGAGCGCGGAGCAGCCCCAGUACAGAGGGACCCUGCACUGCUUCCAGACCAUCAUCAAGCAGGAGAGUGUGCUGGGCUUGUACAAAGGCCUGGGUUCGCCCCUCAUGGGGCUGACCUUCAUCAACGCGCUGGUGUUCGGGGUGCAGGGCAACACGCUCCGGGUGCUGGGCCACGACUCCCCGCUGCACCAGUUCGUGGCGGGGGCGGCGGCGGGGGCCAUCCAGUGCGUCAUCUGCUGCCCCAUGGAGCUCGCCAAGACGCGGCUGCAGCUGCAGGCCGCCGGCCCGGCGCGCGCCUACAAGGGCUCCCUGGACUGCCUGGCGCAGAUCUACCGGCGGGAGGGGCUGCGGGGCAUCAACAGGGGCAUGGCGUCCACGCUGCUGCGGGAGACGCCCAGCUUCGGCGUCUACUUCCUCACCUACGACGUGCUGACGCGCGCGCUGCGCUGCGAGCCCGCCGACCCCCUGCUGGUGCCCAAGCUGCUGCUGGCGGGCGGCACGGCGGGCAUGGCCUCCUGGCUCUCCACCUACCCCGUGGACGUGGUCAAGUCGCGGCUGCAGGCCGACGGGGUGCGGGGCGCCCCGCGCUACCGCGGCCUCCUCGACUGCGCGCGCCAGAGCUACGAGGCCGAGGGCUGGCGCGUGUUCACGCGCGGGCUCGGCUCCACGCUGCUGCGCGCCUUCCCCGUCAACGCCGCCACCUUCGCCACCGUCACGGCCGUGCUCAGCUACGCCCGCGGCGGGGAGGCCCAGCCCGAGCCCGGGCCGGCCCUGACCCAGCCAUCCGGCCUGUGACGCGCGCCCGGGCCGCGCAGGACGUCAGUCACCAGGGCCGGAAGUCAGCAGGGCCGUCGGAGCUGCGCCAGGCCUGGUCCGAGCACUUUACCACUCACCGGCGAGUCUGCCAG